GGCGGAGACUUCGAUGGUUUCCGAGACUAAAUCCUCCAGGUUGAGUACUUGGGGCGCAUGCGGCAGCCUUCCCUUAGCUCUCGCGAGGUGUCGUCUUCCCGGAAGCACAGCAGGACCUUCGCUGUUAACGGCGUCGCGAUGUGUGGGGACUGUGUGGAGAAGGAAUAUCCCAACCGGUGCUGAGGAGCCACCCAGAGGGGAGAGGUUAAUUGUGCUGAGAAUCCAGGAAAGCUUCACUGUGAUGUCACUUCAGGGUAACACCUGCCUGGAGAAUGGAUCUUUCCUGCUGAACUUUACAGGAUGUGCAGUGUGCAGUAAGCGGGAUUUUAUGCUGAUCACAAACAAAUCUUUGAAAGAGGAAGAUGGAGAAGAAAUAGUUACCUAUGAUCAUCUGUGUAAGAAUUGUCAUCACGUAGUAGCCAGGCAUGAGUAUACAUUCAGCAUCAUGGAUGAAUUUCAGGAGUAUACCAUGCUGUGUCUGUUAUGCGGCAAAGCUGAAGAUACUAUCAGCAUUCUCCCUGAUGACCCCCGACAAAUGGCUCUGUUAUUAUAACGAUUUUUCUGCAGUUCUGCUGUCACUAUGUUGUGUUGGUUCAUAAUACAGCAAGCCUAAGGGUGUGUCUUACUUAGUUUAUAGUGAAAAUUAUUUGCAUUUUUCUCUGCUUAGAUUUACUUAUGCUUUGGGGGAAAAAAGUAAUUUGGGGGAUUACUAUUUUCGAGAGCUGAGGUCUUCUGCUCAAGUUCCCAGUUCACAUCAGUGUGAAGCAUCUUUGUUAGUAAUUAUAUGGCUAAAAAAGAAUGAGAAUGAGAGCACACCUAGUGCCCAGAUCUUGGUUCCAAUAAAAGGAAGCAGGGCUCCUUGGAUACAUGAUUGAUUCUGGGAAUGGGGCAGUAAAUAUACAAGAUGAGCUUGGAGCAUCUUGUGCCACACACACACAAAAAAAAAACCAGAAAGAAAGUGCUCAAAAAAACAAAAAUAAAGCACAAUGGUUGGAUAUGUGAAAGGGACAGAAGAACCAACUGAAGGAAUUUCCAGUGACCAAAGCUAGAAUAAUUUGAACAAAAAAUUAAGAUGCAUUGGAAUAGAACCCAAACUUGAAAAUAAAUAUUCAUGAGUCCAUACUGAUAGAAAUAAAUGAUUGAAUAAAUAAAUACACAAAUUGGAGAGAAUAGACAAAUCUCCCAUACAAAAGAGUUUCAAAUAACGUAUGUAGCUACUUCCCACCCCAUAAGUGUGGGUUGUGCAUGGCAGCGUCUUCCAGAGUAUAGCAUGGAAAGGGAAGAAAAGUAACUUGACAGUGAAAAAAACCUGAGAAACACUAGCCAGGUGAUGGAGAUUACCAUCAUCGAUUAUAAGCCAUGUUGAUAGCAUGCGCCCUUAAUGUGACGUGGUGAGAAGUGCACUUCACCUUUGUAAUCUUCCUCCUCAAAACCCAUAACCCCAGUCUCAUCAUAAGAAAGAUAUCAGACAAAUCCCAACAGAGGGACAUUUAGCAAAAUACCUGACCAGUGUUCCUUAAAACUGUCCAGUCAUCAGGGACAAGGAAACCUGAUAAACCCUCACGGCACAGCCAAAAAGAGCCUAAGGAGACAUAACGAGUAAAUGUAACGUGGUGUGCUGAAUGGGACCUUGCACCAGAAAAAGGACAUGUGGUGAAAUCUAGGGAAAUCUGAAUAAAGUGUGGACGUCAGUUAAUAUAAACAAACAGGAUGGUUUCAGUCGCCCCAAAGGGUUCUUAGAACAUCUCACCUUGCGCAGUCGAGAGAACACUGGCUUGGAUGUUGUAAACUCUGGCAUUCAGGCCUGUCUGCCAUUUGGUAGCCUUGUAACCAUUAAGCAGAGCAUGACUCUGCACUUUUAUUGUUCCCUUUUUAUAACAUUGGGCUAAUAAGAAUUGAUAUUAUACUUCCUUUAAUAUUGUUAGAAGAUCCAAAUGAAUAAUGAGUGUAAAAUGCUUUGGAAGGCAUAUAAAGUACUAGAUAUAAUGGGAUGGUUUUAGUUAGCUCAUCUCAUUCUGAGAUGAAAUUUUAAAGGGUCAGGCAUUAGAAACAAAAUUGUUUCCCCUUCAGAUCUAAGAGACUUGGGCAUUCUGAACUAAGGCUUUGCUUAUAAGAAAAAAAAUGAGCAAAAUGUUCAUUGUUGAUACCGGGGAAAAGCUUUGUUGUAUAACAGGAAUAGUAUAAUAAUAAUAGCUGAGGUUUAUUGAGUACUUACUACAUGCUGAGGUCUUUUUAAGCACUUAUUUAAUCCUCAUUAGCCGCUCCAUGAGGUAGAUACUAUUGUUAUCCCAAUUUUAGAGCCAAAAACCCUAAAGCACAAAGCAGCUCAGUGGCUUCCUCAAGGUCACACAGCUAGUACAGUGACUCCCUCUCAACACUAGAGUUCAGUGCCAUGAAGUCUAAGGGGUCUGGCAAGGUUAGGAAGCGGUGGAGAAUAUCACUGACCGCACUCUGAGAAAUCUAGAUGUGUCGGACCAAGAUUUAUUCUUUGGGAAAGUUAAAUCAGCUGCUCCUUAGAAAUCAGUUGUUUUAUUCCUGGAAAAUGUUUUCCACUUUCUGCAAAUCUAUAUCUGACCCACUGAGGAAAUCAUUUGGUGAAAUGAAUCCAAAAAGCAGAGAAAAUGCUUCAUUACUUUAAAUAGCAGCACUAAGCCUGUUACAGCCUCUGAAUUGUCCCUUCUUGCAAUUUGAACGCUUCCAACUUAGUCAUUUGGAGCUCAAGAGUACAGUUUUAUAUGCCCCUACUGAUAUCCUCAUCUAUUGCAGACUGUAUAAUUAUCUGUUUUGGACUAUAUACGACAAAACUUUAAAACAAGAUCCUAUCCAUAUAUUUCAUUAUUAUUUAAACAACAUUGUGCUGUGUUUUGUGAUUCUUUUUCAUCUUCUAGAAUUCUUCUCUGGAUCUAAUAAAAUAAAGACCUUCGAACACA